AUGUUGAAGAUGGAUACUGUCAAACUUACCAUUCUGCGUGGCACACUGGAGGAAGACAAUCCCCUCUCGCUCCUCCGCGGCAAUGAGCACAUAUGGUCCAAGGUGUUUGGCCUAGUUGACACCUGGUAUGAGGAGCACAUAGAUCGGAAGUCCGUCGCAUUCGACUUGUUAGAGGUCCUUGACUCUGAAGAGAGGCCGCGCACCUUUCGCUCUGUGCUAGUCUCCUUCCCAGAGCCCCAGGGCAUCCAUAUCAACAUGAUGCCUAUCAAACUGUUCGAGCUCGACGAAACUGUCCCAGCAAACUGCCAGCAAUACGUAGACUGCAUUGAAAUCUGUGCGGACGAAACGCGCCCGAGAAAGUUCAACCGCGUCGCAUACUUGACGAUCCACGAGAGUGUCGUCCCCGUGGGAGAAGCGCAGCGCCGGCCUGGGCUACACAUUGAGCAGCCCGGCGGGAUUCGGGACGGCGGCUCGGCUCAGCCCCUUGAGUUUGGGGAGUAUUACUGGGGGAGGGGUUGGAAGGAAGCAGGCUGCAACGAAUUCUUCGAAGGUAUUUACAUGGCUUCCAAUGUCAGCGAUUCUUGCACCGUGUGGCCGGUGUUGAUCAACAACCCGACCGAGGUGUCGGACCGCCAUGGGAGCAUUGAGCACAUGAGGGAGCGCUUGGGCCCUGGACGCAACCUGGCAGCGGGAGAGUUGUGCUGGUUCACCGACCGCACGCCGCACGAGGCGAACCCCCUGAAAGCCCCCUCCGAUGACCCCGGCGCAAAGUUCAGAGCCAGGAGCUUUUUCCGCUUAGUGGUGGGGCAAAUCUCGGUGUGGUACUCCAAGCACAACACUCCAAACCCGUUGGGGGUGCUGCCGGACGCGCCAAUCUCGGACGAGGACAAGUUCAGCGUUUGUAGGCAGUCCAAGAUCACUAGCGAGAUCCUCUAG